AUCGAGCGAUUGGAAGUCAGCAGCUUAGCGCAGACCUCCAGUGCAGUGGCCUCGAGCACUGAUGGCAGCAUCAACGCAGACUCUGUGGACGGGACCCCAGAUCCUCAGCGUACAAAAGUGGCUAUCACGCACCUGCAACAGAAGAUACUGAAGUUGACCGAGCAGAUCAAAAUCGAACAAACAGCCCGUGAUGACAAUGUGGCAGAGUACCUGAAACUGGCCAACAAUGCAGACAAGCAGCAGAGUGCCCGCAUUAAGCAAGUGUUUGAGAAGAAGAAUCAAAAGUCAGCCCAGACCAUCUUGCAGCUGCAGAAGAAACUAGAACAUUACCAUCGGAAGCUGCGAGAAAUUGAACAGAAUGGGAUCCCUCGGCAGCCAAAGGAUGUCUUCAGGGAUAUGCAUCAGGGUUUGAAAGAUGUUGGAGCAAAAGUCACUGGCUUCAGUGAGGGAGUAGUGGACAGUGUGAAGGGUGGGCUUUCCAGUUUCUCCCAAGCCACGCAUUCAGCAGCAGGAGCUGUGGUUUCCAAACCCCGGGAGAUCGCCUCCCUCAUAAGGAACAAGUUUGGGAGUGCAGACAAUAUUGCUAAUCUGAAAGACUCCUUAGAAGAAGGCCAGGAAGAUGGGACAGGUGGGAAGGCUCUAGGUGUUAUUCAGAACUUUCAGUCAAGCCCAAAAUAUGGCAGUGAGGAGGAUUGCUCUAGUGCCACGUCGGGCUCAGUGGGAGCCAACAGCACAACAGGGGGCCCUGUGGGAGCUUCUAGCUCCAAAACAAACACUCUGGAUAUGCAGAGCUCAGGGUUUGAUGCAGUACUGCAUGAGAUUCAAGAAAUUCGAGACACACAGGCAAGACUGGAAGAAUCAUUUGAGGACCUUAAGGUUCGCUAUCAGAGGGAUUACUCAUUAAUAAUGCAGACUCUGCAGGAGGAGCGGUACAGAUGUGAAAGACUCGAAGAGCAGCUAAAUGACCUGACUGAGCUCCACCAGAAUGAGAUCCUCAAUUUAAAACAGGAGCUGGCCAGCAUGGAGGAGAAAAUUGCCUAUCAGUCUUACGAGCGAGCCCGGGACAUCCAG